AGACAGUAUACAUUUCCAAAGUACAGGAUUGAUAUAACAAAAUGUCACGCACAAGGUAUUUUAAAGCCAAGUGCGAUCGUACUCCUAGGGCUCCAACAGCAAUUAUGUACAAACGCACACCUCCCAGCUCACACGUGCUGCGAUUUCCUGGCGGGGGCGGGUUCGCGGUUCGAUCUCCCACCCACCCACACACCGGCUGCUGAGAAAGUCCUCCAGCCUGAAACGAAGAUAUACGGAGUAACCGGAGUCAGAUAGACCACCCAAAGACGCAGACUUGUUGCAGGGACUGGAGUGGUUUCUUCCCUUGGACUGGAUUCUUCCCCAUGGAUACCUGUCGCAGCGCUGGUGCUGGAGGAGUUGAAUACUGUCUUAGAACCCAGCCCUAAGGAAUCGCGGUCAAAGGACAAUUACAUCAGAUACCGAAGAUUGUAAGAGUAAUUGAGGUUCAAAACCUCACGACAGAGUCAUCAGGGAAGGGUAGUCCAUUAGUAACCCGAGCUGGGACCCGAACAUUGUGACCCCUGACGCUCUAUGAAUUAAUUAUAGUAACGCAAAAAUUGCAUCUCCAACGUUAGAGACAGACUACGGCACAACUACCAAGACUAAUAGGACUCCUGCAGUGGUACACAAGAUAUGAGUUCGAAACCAGAAGGAAGGUGUUGAUCCUUGGUACAACAUCACCCUUGACUAAAGCCUGCCACUCUGCUUUAUCUAAAUAGUUUCUUCGCUUCUGCGUCAGCUAAGGCCCUGCCCACACAUUUCUGUUGCUGGGACUCUGCAACACAUGGACCCACCCCUUUGCUGCCAGUGGCCUUCCUGCUUCAAAAUAACUGCUUCAAGGAACAAUAAGCAGUCAGUAAUAUUACACGGUGAGAUGCUGUGUGAUAGAAAGCUGCCCCCCUCUUCACACUAACAGGAUAUCACUCAGGCACAGCUUUGCCGGCUUGCAGUACUCGAUAAGCUGCACAUGUUUUCAGGGGAGGGACCUGAUCUUACCUUACCCCAGCUGCAGACUUCUCACGGCGGAUGGAGCCUUACAAUGUGAUUCGAACAGAAAAGCCACAAAAUCCAGGUGCAACAACAAUCUAAGAUCUGCCUUGUGUGCUGUAAAUAUUGAGAAAGCAGGAAAAGAGAAGCCAGGCUAAAUGAAAAUGCCAUCCAAAGGAAAGUAUUUUAUUAACGACAAUGAAGACUGGAUGAUUAGCCAUUCACUUUAUGAAAAGUACCAGUGCAUUAGCCAACAUUAUCCCCUGUUGCUCAUCUUACUCUUUGUUAUGGGAACAUAUUGUAUAACUCUGAUUGCCCUGUUCUUCAUAUACAAUCAAGAACCUUCUACGAACCUAGCAUUUAUAAUCACAGUAUUUGUUGCCCUGGUAGUAUUCUGUGCUCUAUAUAUCUUGGUGUAUACAGAAUCAUUUGUUCAAAAAUGGCUGCGUGUGUUUUCCCUUGUGAUCUACAUAUGUCUCCUGACCAUUGGAUAUGUGUUAACAUUUGACUCUUCUGUUGUCCACACUUGGGAUCAGGUGCCCUUUUUCCUGUUCAUAACCUUUUCUGUGUACACAAUGCUGCCUCUGGGGAUGCAAACCUGUGUGAUUAUCAGCAUAAUAUCAGGAAUAUCCCACAUCAUUGUCAUAAGUAUCACAGUGGUACUGUGUUCUGGUUCCAAUGAUGCAAUCGCUUUUCAGCUUAUUGCCAAUGCCGUUAUCUUCUUGUGUGGAAAUCUUAUGGGGGCAUAUCAUAAGUAUCACAUGCAGGAUGCUUCCAGAGAUUUGUACAGUUACACUGUGAAAUGUAUUCGUAUAAAGAUGAAACUUGAACUUAAAAAGAGGCAACAGGAGAGCCUCCUGUUGUCUGUGCUUCCUGUCUACAUCUCCAUGGAGAUGAAACUUGCUAUUCAGGAUAGACUUACUGAGACCAAUGAUAACCGCCAACCAGACAACAACUUCCACAGCUUGUAUGUCAAGCGGCACCAAAAUGUCAGUAUCCUGUAUGCAGACAUUGUGGGCUUCACAAGACUUGCCAGUGACUGCUCGCCCAAGGAACUUGUUGUUAUGUUGAAUGAACUCUUCGGAAAAUUUGACCAAAUUGCAAAGGAAAAUGAGUGCAUGAGGAUUAAAAUUUUGGGUGACUGUUACUACUGUGUCUCUGGCCUUCCUGUGUCUUUACCUAACAAUGCCAAGAACUGUGUAAAGAUGGGUCUGGAUAUCUGUGAAUCAAUAAAGCAAGUAAGAGAAGCAACAGGAGCAGAUAUAAACAUGAGGGUUGGAGUACAUUCUGGAAAUGUUCUUUGUGGUGUCAUUGGGUUGAGAAAAUGGCAGUUUGACGUCUGGUCUCAUGAUGUCUCCUUAGCUAAUCGUAUGGAAUCUGCUGGUCUACCUGGCCGUGUUCACAUUACUGAAGCAACACUGAAACAUAUGAAUGGAGCCUACGAUGUGGAGGAGGGGCAUGGCGAGCUAAGAGACCCCUAUCUUAAAGAAAUGAAUAUUAAAACAUACCUGGUCAUUGAUCCAAGGGCAAAGAACCGUCGUGUUCAGAACAUUCACCUCCCCAAGCAUCGUGUCAAUGAUGGGUUAAAAGUUCGACCUUCUGUAAGGAUGACUCGGUAUCUUGAAUCUUGGGGUGCAGCGAGACCUUUCUCCCACUUUGACCAAAGUGAUGCUUCCUCUGCUGAAGUUCCUGUUGUUAAUGGAAAACCUAAACUGGAUAUCCCACUGAAGGGGAUGGGAAGAACAGUUAAAACAGAAAGGAAUGUGUCUCAAAAGCGAAAUCAGGAGGAAGAACUUCAUGACAGAAUGAUGAAUACUAUCGAUGGGCUUAGUUCUGCUAAGCCAUGGUUUGGAAAGACUGAUGACUUCUACGGAUUUUUACUCUUUUUCACAGCAGAUGGAUUAGAAAAAGAGUACCGCACCUUCAGAAUACCUUGUAUCCGAAACUACUUCCUGUGUGCCAGCUUGAUAUUCUUGGGCAUAUUCUUGAUCCAGAUUUUGGUCAUGCCCAGGAAUGCAAACUUGGGAAUUUCCUUUGGAGUGGUGUCAAUACUUAUCAUCUGGGUCUUGCUUUUGUGCUAUGCAGAUAAAUGUGUGCGAUUUUUUAAUGAGAGUGCUCCCUUCUCUCGUUUCUUGUGCUCCUUGGUGGAGAUGAUAGAAACUCGCCCUAGUCUGCGUGUUCCACUUGUUGCGCUUACAUUAGGAUCCCUGCUGAUUAUCUCCAUAGUAAAUCUGCCUCUUGAUCAGACUCUCCAGACCUGCAAUGCAUCAAGCCUUGCAACUGAAAGCAAAUGCCAGAGUAUUCCGUAUUACAUAUACUGCUGUAUUUUGGGACUCAUUGCCUGCUCCAUGUUCCUGCGACUGUGCUUCGAGUUGAAAAUACUUCUUUUGACAGCUGCAUUUACUGCAUAUAAUGUUAUUAUUUUCCACACUCAUUCCAGCAUAUUUAGGAGUAACCUCCCAGUAACCAGUCCCAUUGGAGUCCUGGAAGAUUUUCAAAAAAUGUCCUGCUUUUAUCUUUCUCUGUAUUAUUUAACUCUGGUUUUACUGGCAAGGCAGGUAGAAUAUUAUUCUAGGCUUGACUGCUUGUGGAAAAGAAAAUUCAGGAAAGAAGAUGAGGAGAUUGAAACAAUGGAAAAUCUGAACCAGCUCCUCCUUGAAAAUGUUCUCCCUGCACAUGUAGCUGCCUAUUUUAUUGGUGACAACAAAUCAAAUGAGGACUUGUAUCAUCAGUCCUAUGACUGCGUCUGUGUCAUGUUUGCUUCAGUCCCAGAGUUUAAGGUCUUUUACACAGAAUGUGAUGUCAACAAAGAAGGUCUUGAAUGUCUAAGGCUGUUGAAUGAGAUUAUUGCAGAUUUUGAUGAGCUACUGAUGAAACCCAAAUUCAGUGGGGUUGAGAAAAUUAAGACAAUAGGAAGCACUUAUAUGGCAGCUACUGGUCUAACAGCUACUCCUGGACAAGAAAAUCAGGACCAGGAAAAACAGCAUGCCUUGAUAGGAAUCACUGUAGAAUAUGCAAUGGCACUCAUGUCAAAACUGGAUGGGAUCAACAGACAUUCAUUCAAUAAUUUCAGCUUACGUGUGGGGAUAAACCAUGGACCUGUAAUUGCUGGAGUAAUUGGAGCAAAGAAGCCCCAGUAUGAUAUCUGGGGUAAUACUGUGAAUGUGGCCAGUCGAAUGGAGAGUACAGGGGAACUUGGAAAGAUUCAGGUAACAGAAGAAACCUGCCAGAUAUUGGAAGGAUUGGGAUAUUCCUGUGAGUGCAGAGGAUUUAUUAAUGUCAAAGGAAAAGGAGAAUUAAGGACAUAUUUUGUUUGUACAGACAUGGCCAAAUCUCAAAGCAUCGGAAUGAACUAACACCGGUCUCCUUUUUUUAUUUGCUGCCUAGCUCUACAUGGAGUAGACAUUGCUAUGCAUCUUGGAAAACCUUCUAAUUCCUUCUUAAUUCUUAAGAAGAGUAUUCUUAGAUAGUGAGCUUGUGCUGUUCCACAGACUUGGACUGAGAUUGUGGCAUUGAUUUACUUUGAGUAAUUUUUUUCUUUUACCAAGCAGACAGUAUUUUGUUAAACUAAUGACACUCUGUUGUACAGAGUGGAGUUUUAACAAGGAAAAUUUUUAGAAUUUUUUUAAAAAUGCAAAUCCAGCAAUAUCUGGAGAAUUACAAAUAAAAAUGAUUGUGUGGCCACAGUGAGACACAGGCACGGAGGUGUAAGAUUAACCCUCAUUGUAGAUUAUUGAGGUUAUGUAAUAAAAGGCACUGGGGCUCAUUUAUCAACACUGGGCAAAUCUGCCCAUGGGCAGUUAUCCAUAGCAACCAAGCAGUAAUUAGCUUUUUAAAGACAGCUGCAAGUAGAACAAUGAAUGCAACAAUCUAAUUGGUUGCCAUGGGUUAUUGUCCAUGGGCAAAAUUGCUAAAUGACCCCCCACUAAGUUUGACCAGGGACAGUAACCAAUAGCUGACUACACCUGUUUAAAUGCAAGACUCUUAUUGGUUGUCAUGAUUUGCUGCACCUGGGCAAACUUAUAUUCUAUUAUAUUACAUUAUGCCUUAUAUAUCAAGUGUGUGCCUUUAACUAUGGUGUAGAUUAAAUCAAGUAAACACUUGAAACAGAAUUAAAACACUUUACUGCUACGAUUAUACAAAACAGUGACCGGAAAAUGUUGGCCUGUAUAGCAUAUGCAUUGAUAAAUAUAAAAAAAUAUAUUUUUUAGUCAUAUUCUCAUUAUUCAGAAAGGGUUUUUUGUUUGUUCUUUUUUUCAAUAUUUGCGGUAUUGAUCCAUACCAUCAGGUGUGCUUUUUUAACUAGAAAGUUGUUGUUUUUCUUUUCUAAUCAUCUAUUUUAAUUAUUUAAAGUGGCUUUUACAAAAUAUAAUAGGUAAAAUGUGUUUUAGAAGUGUUUCCUAACUUCCAUCCCAAUUAAAAUUGUUAUAAAGAAAUGACAUCUAACUUUGUAUACAGCUUUAGGUCUAAUGGCGUAUAAAAGGCCUAAGGUUGUUUCCGCAAACCUUUUAAGGGUUAUUUAUGAAAGGUUGAAUGUUGAGUUUUUUAUACCUCGAAUGAACUCACAACUGGAAUGGUUUCUUAUUUAAGAAAAAAACUUGAUUCUGCGAGUUCGAGUUGCAAAACACGAAAGCUUAAAAAAUUUUAGUUUUCUGUGAAAAAAACUCGAAUUGCUCAAAUUGAUCCAGUUUUCAGGCAAAACCGUCCAAAAAGAAUCUCGAACAUCGUGCAGGCUAUUAACAUCCUCAAAUAGUUCAAGGGACCUCUGCCAUUGACUCCUACAUGACCCCGACAAGUUUCCAGGGUAGGUUUAUAAUAGAUCUCGGGAAAAAAAUAGUUUUUAAAAAAAAAAAAAACUAG